AUGGCCUUUUCUCCCGCUGCGACCCGGUCCGUAGGGAAGGGCAAACAGUGGCCGAAGAGAGGCGGAGCAGGCAGCUCGCCAUACGCGCGGGGCGGUGGGGGAACAGUGGACGAGGGGCACAAAGGGGAGGAAAUUGGCGAAAGGGGUGGUAGUGGGGAGGGGGGGGUGCCGGAUAGCGGGCGGAAGGAGGAAGCGGCGGAUGGCGCGCGGAAGGAGGCAGGGGCGGAAGUGGGGCGAAAAGAUGCAGCGGGAGGGGAGGCGGGCCGGAGUGACGUGGAUAGAAACACGGUGUUUGUGCGCAACGUCUCGUUUAAAGCCACACAGAGCGAUGUGGGUCUGGAAGAUUUUUUCUCUACGGUGGGCGCUAUCCGAAAAUGCCUCCUUGUGGCACAGACAGCCGCAGCACUGAAUGCCUUAUCCCAGCCUUCUUCCUCCUCCGUCUCAUCAACCCCCACCUCCACACGCAUUCCCCUCCUACCCGCAGCUCGAGGGUUUUUUCUCGACGGGAUACGUGCUACAUUCAUAUGGCCUACAUUAGCUUUGAUUAAUUCCCCUCCCCUGCCUUUCAUCCGUCCUCUCAUCUCCUCCUCUCAUCUCUUCCUCUCAUCUACCCCUCCCAUCUGCCCAUCCCAUCUGCCCCUCCCCAUCUGCCCCUCCCCAUCUGCCCCUCUCAUCUGUAAUCUCAUCUGCCCUCUCGUCUGCCCUCUCAUCUGCUCCUCUCAUCUGCUCCUCUCGUCUGCCCUCUCAUCUGCUCCUCUCAUCUGCUCCUCUCAUCUGCUCCUCUCAUCUGCUCCUCUCGUCUGCCCUCUCAUCUGCUCCUCUCAUCUGCUCCUCUCAUCUGCUCCUCUCAUCUGCUCCUCUCGUCUGCCCUCUCAUCUGCUCCUCUCAUCUGCUCCUCUCAUCUGUCCUCUCAUCUGCUUUCUCAUUGCGCUAGCAGAGGACGCGGAGAGGGCAGUGAGGGAGCUCGGGGGAAAGCGGCUGGAGGGGCGACCCCUGGCAGUGGAGCUGGCGAAGAGGCGAGCUUCUCUGGGCGAAAGGUUGGCUAAACGAGGCCCGCGCCCGCAACCCCAUCAAGUAGAGGACCAGGAUGAUCUAACGGGCCUGCAUGGGCUGGGGAGGAGCAACGACCCACAUGGUGCAGGGAGGAGGAGUGGCGGCGCUACAGAUGUCAUGGGGAGAAGAAUACCCACUCGCAUCACCACCUUCCCUGCUGCUGACGCCGAUGCGCCUGCUGCUCCUCCUCCUCCUCCCGCUGCUCCUGCUGCUCCUGCCACGAGUGCUGUCGCUGCCGCUCCUGCUGCUGCUGCUGUGAGCGCACCCGCUGGUGCCAGUGACAAAGCAUCAGCUGUAGCAACACCAGGCAAGGGGGCUGAGGGUAGCAGCAAGAAGGAGAACAAGGAGAAGAAGGAGAAGAAGGGCAAGAACGCUCAGCCUGCCGCUGCUGCUGCCACUACUUCUGUGGCUACUGCAACUGCUCAGAUUGCUGCUGCAGCAACGGCAGAAGGAGGCAGCAAGAAGGAGGGAGGCGGAUCUUCGCUAAAGAAGAGGCCGGCUCGCACGGUGGUGUUCGGAGGGCUCUCAUCCCCAGCAGCAGUGGCGCAUGUCCUCUCUGCUGCUGCCGCCAUCGCUGCUCCUGAGGAGGUCACCAACCCUCUGCCUGAAGAUGCUCUAAAGGAGAGAGGCCUCGCCCUUGAUGGCUGUACCCCCCCUGCCGUCUCGAUCGUAUUCCCAUCGGUGCGGGCCGCCCGCCAGGCUGUGGCAUCGCUGCACGGCUGCACAGUGGAGGGCGGCGCCGAGGCUGGUGGCUCGGAGGAGCAGAGCGUUGCUGUGUGGGCGAGGCAGCUGGGUGGCGAGGGUUCAAAGACGCUCAGCAAUCGGGUCAUUGUUCGCAACCUGCCCUUCAAGGUGGCAGAAGCGGAUUUGAGGAAGGCCUUUGCUGUUGCCGGCUUUCCAUGGGCCGUCAAGAUACCACAUGGGGAGGAUGGCAGGCCUCGAGGAUUCGCUUUUGUCACAUUCACUACAAAGAGCGACGCAGCAAAGGCUAUUGAGAAGGUCAGCGGCACGACCAUCAACGGCCGAGCCGUUUCGGUGGGAUGGGCGGUGGCAAAGAGGGAGCACAUGGAGAGUGUGGAGAAGGAGAAAGCCAAGGAGAACAGAGAUGGGUUGUCGAUGCUGUUCGAUGAUGAGGAUGAUGAGAUGACCGAGGGAGGGGAGGAAGAGGAAGAAGAAGAUAAGGAAGCGGAGGAAAUGGAAGAGGAAGUGGAGGAGGAGGAUGACGAGGUAGAGGAGCAGGAAAUGGAAGAAGAGGAGGAGGAUGAGGAGAGAGAAGCAAGGGUGAAGAGUCUUUUGGAUAUGGAAGCAGAGGAGGAGGAUGAGGAGGAUGAUGAUGAAGAUGAAGAGGAGGAAGAGGAGGAAGAAGGGAGUGAGGAGGAAGAGGUUGAGGAUGAGAGUGAGGAGGGAGAGGAGGAGGAGGACGAGGAGGGGGAAGAGGAAGAAGAGGACGAGGAGGAUGAAACAGAUGAUGAGGAGGAGGAGGAGGUAGAUUGGGAGAUGGAGAUGGGUGGUGGUGGCAGCAGUGGUGCCGUGCAAGGGAGUGAGAAGGAUAUGAUGCUACGGGUGCUGUCCCGAGUGGUUGAGCAGGGGAAGGGGGAGGAGGGGAUGGAGGGCGCAGGGGAGGAAGUGGGGUUGAAAGCAAAAGGUGUGGCUGUGAAAGGUGGGAAGGAAGGGGAUGCAGCAAAAAAGGGGAAGGAGGGGAAGGAGGGAAAGGCAGGGAAGGUUGGCGAGGGAAAGAAGACAGGCUCUCGUGAUGGCAAGGAAGGGACGGGUGUGGAGGAAGGGGAGGUGACGGAAGGGAAGGAUGGGAAGGGCGAGAAGGCAGAGGCGCCGCCAGCGACGGUGUUUGUGAGGAACCUGCCUGUGGAUGCCUCAGCUGACCGCAUUCGAGCAGCCUUUGAACGGUUCGGCAAGGUGGCUGACUGCAGAGUCGUGCUGCACCCCGUUACCAGGCGUCCCCGAGGCUCGGCGUUCGUCCGUUUCGAAACGCCCGAAGCCGCGCAAGCCGCCGUGGCAGGCUCGGCCCGAACCGCCAAGGCCAGGGCCGAGGAGGGGGUGAUCAAGGAGGGAACACGAGCAGCAGAGGGAAUGCCAGCAACAGACAUGGAGAAGAGGAAGAGGCUGCAGCGUGAGAAACUGAUGAAGCUCCGAAGCCCCAACUUCGCGGUGUCGUUGACGCGCCUGGCGGUGCACAACGUGCCACGGGAAAUCGAUGAGAAGCAGCUGAAGCAGGUGUUUGUGGAUGCUGUGAAGGCACGGGCCAAGAAGCAGAAGCCUCAUGUGAAGCAGGUGAAGGUGCUGAGGGAAGCAGACAGGGUGGGGCCAGAUGGCAAGCCGCGGUCUAAGGGAGCGGCGUUCAUUGAGUUCAGUGAGCAUCAGCACGCUGUGGCGGCUCUCAGGGCUCUCAAUAACCAUCCCACCAUCUUCUCUCGUGAUGCUCGCCCCAUAGUGGAGUUUGCGAUUGAGAAUGUCUCGAUAGUGAAGCAGCGGCAGCACACGGUGAUGCAGCAGAGCGACAGGCGGCAGGCAGUGCGGCAGCAGCAGAAGCAGCAGAAGAAGCAGGAGAAGAAGCAGCAGCAGCAGCAGCAGCAGCAGCAAGAAGCUUGUGCUGCUGGUCUGGCGAAAGCAACGGGGGCAAAGAGAAAGCCUGAGGAGGCCGAGCCGCCUGCUGCUGGUGCCACUGAGGGGUCUCCAGCAAAGAAGAAGCAGAAGCAGGUGAAGGGAGCCAAGGGGCGGGUUCAGCAAAGGAAGGGGCAGGGGAAGGACGUGAAGGGGCAUGCGUGUCUGCAGGAGCAAGCAGGUGGGAAGGCAGACGCUGCAACAGAGCAGCAGAGGGCCGGAGUGAAGACAGCCGGUGCAGCAGAGCAGGGAGGGGCGAGAGGCAGUGGGAUGGGCGAGCUAAAGAGGAAGCAGAAGGGUGCAGCAGGGGGCGCUGGUGUGUCUCCUGCUGCUGCAGUGAAAUCUGCUGCUGCUUCUCCCGCGACUGCUAUGAAGGCUGCUGCUGGUGCUGUGAGUCCCGGUGCUAAAAAGGCAAAGACAGACCCAAGGAGGGUGGCAGCAGCAGUGGCAAUGAAAGCUGUUGCUGCCUCUCCUGCUUUUGUAGUAAGUCCCGGUUCUAAGAAACAAAAGACAGACGCAAGGAGAGGAGAAGCAGCGGCUGCAGUGGUGGAGGCUAGGCGGGCGCAGGCAGCACUAGCUGGGCUGGGAAGUGGAGGUGGCGGUGGGGAGAGGGGCAAGGCGAGGAGCAAGAAGGGGUCGGAGCACCAGGAGUUGGUGGAUGAGCUUGAUAGGCUCGUGGCGGCUUACAGAUCAAAGAACUAUGGGUGA